CAGCGUAUACAGACUACGCCUAGAUCCUUUUUCAGAACGGACUGUAAAAAAUGUGAACCUAAUGGAAUCUUCAUUUGAUUAUUUAUUGCUUUUAAUUCUUCCUAUGGAUGUAUUUUUGUUAUUGAAAAUGUGAAGGAACUUGUGAACUACACCUGAGACCAGAGAAUGGAUACUGGAGAGUUUAAAUGUUUUUUCUCACACAUGUCAUUCAUGAGUUUUUGAGAAGUUCAGAAAAAUGAUUCACAGCGCAUCUUUCUUUGCUCUGUUUUUCAUGCUGUUGAAUGGUGUGUUUGGUGACACUGAUGCAGUGAAGUCAGUGUCAGUGAUGGAGGGAGAUUCUGUCACUCUAAACACUGAUGUUACUGAAGUACAGAGAGAUGAUCAGAUAGUGUGGAUGUUUGGACCUCAAGAUGCACGUAUAGCUGAAAUAUAUAACCAGAACAUCAAAUUAUUUAAUAUUGAGAGUUUCAGAGACAGACUCAAGAUGGACAAUCAAACUGGAUCUCUGACCAUCAGAAACAUCAGAUCUGAACACACUGGACUUUAUAAACUACAGAUCUUCAUCAGCAACAUCAGAAGAACUACAUAUCCGAGAUUCAAUGUUACUGUCUACGCUCCUCUCCCUGUUCCUGCCAUCACCAGAGACUCUCCACAAUGUUCUUCAUCAUCAUCGUCAAAUUGUUCAUUGGUGUGUUCAGCUGUGAAUGUGAGUCAUGUGACUCUCUCCUGGUACAAAGGAAACAGUUUAUUGUCCAGCAUCAGUGUGUCUGAUCUCAGCAUCAGUCUCUCUCUACCUCUGGAGGUGGAAUAUCAGGAUAACAACACCUACAGCUGUGUGCUGAACAAUCCCAUCAGCAACCAGACUCAACAUCUGAACAUCACUCAACUCUGUCAGACUCACACAUGUGGAGACCAACGUUCAAGUUUCAUGAUGGCAGUAGCUCUUAUAGCGCUGCUGGUGGUCAUAGCUGUAGUUGCAGGUUUGAUAUGCCGAAGAAACUGUAAACAACCAAGAAACAAAGUUAAGACUCGUAAUGAAGAGAUGCAUUACGCUGAACCAGCAUUCUGUACACGUCCGCUUCAGAGUACGGCUGUCUUUACAGAAGAUCGCACAGUAUACUCAACUGUUGUCAUAUAAAUUUAAGAUCCAGCAGAAUGUUUUUUUAUUAUUCUACUGCAGGUUGAUGGCAUGAAUUUUGGCAGUUCACCCUAAUCUAAUAACUUUGAC